GCCUUGAAUCGAUUGUUAACAAGGUUACACGCAUCAAGACUGACCGGCAGAUAGCAAAGAUGGCGACCAUCAAAGCCAAGGUCCAGGACGCCGCUUCCUCCGCCAAGGCCGGCGUCAACAAGGCCAAGGCCACUGCCGGCGCCAAGAUGGAGAAGGCUACGACGACGGACCCGGCGAAGAAGCGCGAGGCGGAGGAGAAGAAGGAGGACCGGAAGCUCAAGGCGGAGUCCGACGAGAGCGACCAGAAGGGAGACCACGCCGCCGAGAAGUCCGGGAGGCGCACCAUCAUCACCGGCGAGGCUAGCUAGGUAAUUAAUAAUAGGUGAUCGAUGUACGUACUAGUGUAGUAUAAAAAGGUUGAAUGGUACUGUGCCGGCGCGAGACUGAAAACAGAAAUAAGACGACGGACACUGAAAACGUUCCUGUUGGAGAAAUAGAAAUGGUUCGUAC